AUGACCUCUUACAAGUCUUGCUUGGAGUUGUAUGAUAACGGAUUUAAGUCUAAUGGUAUAUACAAAAUAGAAAUCGAACAUACAAAAAAAGUUUCCAUGUACUGUGACAUGACUACUGAUGGUAGGGGGUGGACAGUAUUUCAACGACGCCAAGAUGGCUCUGUCAACUUUUCCCGAUAUUGGAAUGAAUAUGAAACUGGGUUCGGCAACUUGACAGGAGAAUUUUGGCUCGGAAACAAAUAUUUGAAUCUACUAACUGAUAAUUUUGAACCACAUCAACUGAGAAUCGAACUAGAAGAUCAUGACGGCAAUCGUGCCUAUGCCAAAUACAGCAGUUUUAAGGUUGGGUCAAAGAGAACAAACUACACACUGGAUGUGAGUGGUUACACAGGAAGUGCUGGUGACUCGUUAGCAAAUGCAUAUCUAUAUGGACCACAUGAUCAGAUGGAAUUCACCACCAGAGAUGCAGAUAAUGACAAAUACGAGGGUGGUAACUGUGCUUCAGACUGGGACGGUGGAUGGUGGUUCAAUUAUUGUUUUGAUUCGAAUUUAAAUGGUCUCUAUCAGGACCAGUCUAAAUGCAAGACUGAAUGGAAGUGCAUUGUCUGGUAUAAAUGGAAAGGUGCACAUAGAUCCAUGAAGUUCACUGAAAUGAAGUUUAGAUAAGACAAUGACUGACUAACUUCAAUAUCUUAAACUGGAGUUUGUACAGAAUCUUCUGUUAUUUAGAUAAUAAUAUUUAUUCGUCUUUGCCAAACGGUUUUCCUUAUUUCUGUGUUUGAAAUGUUUAAAUGACUCAUUUACUAUUUUGUCAGACAGAUAAGAAAUCAUUCUUAAAUUUGUAUUCUGUAUUUAUAUACACUUAGUGACAUAAUGCAGUUUUGCAUCGUGUCUAUGUAUUUUACAAAAUCAAUGUUUCAUCCUGAAAUGUGGAAAUUCCACAAAACCCUUUUUUUUCAGACUAUGCAUCACGCCAUAUAAUGUUAUAUUAUAUGUUCUUAAAAUAACCUAUAUUUCAUUGGCCGAAACCGCUCAUCAUCUUUUAAUAUAUUGUUUAUGUUGGUUAGUGUUUUUUCCCCUUUAAACAUGAUUUUCUGAAAAUAGAAUGGAAGUCAUUUAUUGUUACUUUCAAACAUUAAAUGUGUUGCAACAAAUAUCUGUUACCUAUUCGUUAAUCUGUACAGUCAUUGCCCUUU